CACCCGACCGACUCGAUACCGCUCGUUUCCCCUUCGCUGCUAUACGGAUGCCAAUAGACGGCUUUGAUCGACGUCCCUUUGAUACAUCGCCCCCCUGAUUCCCGUCCCCGUCCCCGACCGGCGACAACCGCAACGAUGCCGUCGGAUCGCGAUCACCGGUACGAAUCUGUACCGCCCAUCCCCAGCUACGAUGAGGCUCUCGCCACAAGCGGCCCGGCAGACCCCUCAGAAUGGCAGCAACCCCCACGCUCUCCGCUAGACGAUCGCUCCCAGGCCGAGACUGAGUCGCAGUCGCUGCUGAAUAGAAAUGGCCUCGCAACUUCAUCACGCCGCCCAAACGGCUAUAGACCGCCAACAGUCGAAACAGAUGACGAAGAUAGCUCAUGGGGCAGCGACGACGAUGGAGACGAAACGGCAUACGUGCGCCGGGAGAUGCAAGAGCUCGAAAUAGGGGAUGCGGACGACAGAUCGCGCUCGUCAAUAUGGGGAAAACGGAUACCAUUCGCCCUCUCUUUAUCACGCUGGAAGUGGUCUUGGCGAUGGCGGAUGCCAAAUUUGCGCCCGACAAUUCGACUGCCCUCGGGCUCGGCCGACAACUCCAACAACUCGAACGAGGCGAAUGCGACGACAACGAGACCGCGAUUUACUUUCCCGCAAUGGGACAAGGACAAGGCGCGGACGGCCAUUAUCAUUUUUGCCCGGGUGUUUGCUGUUGUCUUCGUCAUGGGCAUUCUUUACGCCCUUUUCAUGAGCGAUAUUUUCACGAGCAUGGCUAGGCGCAUGAACGGCGGACUGCGUUUCAACCCCGAGGAUGUACGCUUGUACGUGCAGCAAAAUGUCGAAGGCCGCCGGCUGAAGGCGUCGGUAGCUCAUUACACAAAAUACGCCCACAUGGCAGGUACCGAGGGCGACUACGCUCUGGCUAUGGACGUCGAGUCCAUGUUCACCAGAGCCGGGCUGGAUUACGUCAACGUUGACGAAUACUACGUGUACAUGAACUAUCCAAAGGCCGGAGGACGCGCUGUGGAGAUUAUGGGCGACGACGGAAAGCCAAAAUGGUCUGCGAAGCUGGAAGAAGAGGAAGUCGGAGGAGAAGCAGCUGGACACCAGACAUUUGUGUUCCACGGACUAUCCAAGUCAGGAGAUGUUAAAGGACCUCUGAUUUAUGCCAAUUAUGGUGCGAGAUCAGACUUCAAGAAGCUUGCGGAUCAUGGGAUUGACACCAAAGGCGCCAUCGCUCUUGUUCGUUAUUAUGGUACCCAGGCAAACUUGGCUCUCAAAGUCAAGGCGGCAGAGGACGCCGGCUUCGCAGGCUGCAUUGUGUACAGCGAUCCAGCCGAUGACGGCUUCAGAUUGGGCGACGUCGCACCCAAUGGCCGCUUCAUGCCCGCCGAUGGCGUUCAGAGAGGCUCCGUUGCGCUGUCGAACUGGGUCCUCGGUGACCCCCUGACCCCUGGCUGGGAGAGCAAGAAGAACCUGCCGCGCAUGAAGCCAGAUGAGAGCAAGGGUCUGACCAAGAUCCCCAGUCUGCCCCUUGCAUGGCGUGACGCGCAAAUCCUACUACAGCAUCUCAAGGGCCAUGGUGAACAGGUGCCGAAGGAAUGGGCGGGAGGUGUUCCUGAUAUCGCCGAGUGGUGGACUGGUAACCUUUCUUCGCCCAUUGUACGACUCAAGAACGACAACGACGUUGUGGAGCAGAAGGGUAUCUGGAACGUUUACGGCAAAAUCGAAGGCAUUGAGCAGGAUCAGAAGUCAAUCAUCAUUGGAAACCACCGAGACGCUUGGUCCUUUGGCGCGACCGAACCUCACUCUGGCACGGCGGUGCUGAUUGAGAUGGCACGCAUCUUUGGCACCCUCGUCUCCAAGGGUUGGCGCCCUCUUCGCAGCAUCGAGUUCAUGUCGUGGGACGCCGAGGAGUACAACAUGAUCGGCUCCACCGAAUUCGUCGAGCACAAUGACGAGCUCCUGCGGCAAAACGCAUUUGCUUACAUCAACCUCGACUCUGCCGUGGCAGGCAGCGAAUUUCACGCUGCGGGAUCGCCCGUCUUCAAGCAAGCUGUCCUUCGCGUUAUCGACCGUGUCUUUGAUGCGGGCCUGAAUGCGACAGUCCGUGACCUGUGGAAUCAGCGCGAGGGUGACCUGGAAGAGCUUGGAAUGGAUGGCGACUGGGUUCCCUUCCAAAACAUCGCCGGCACCAGCUCUCUCGAUCUCGGCUUCAGGGGCGCACGAUUCCCCGCGCAAUCCAGCUACGACAACUACGAAUGGGUCCAGCGCAUCGGCGAUCCAGAGUUCGCGUAUCACGUCAUGAUGGGCCAGAUUGUCGGCCUCUUGAUCCUAGAGCUCGCGGAUAAGCCCAUUCUACCAUUCGACAUGGUGGGCUACAGCGAGCGCAUCGAGCGUUACAUCAACGACCUGGCCAACUUUUGCGAGCACAUGGGUGCGGGUACGCAAGACAAGUUCUCGCUGGAGCCUCUCAAGAAGCUCAUCGCGGAAACCAAGGUCAACGUCAAGGGCUUCUCCAUGUGGGAGAUGACGUGGGAGAGCACAGUCAUGGGCGGCGGCGGCUGGGAGUCGGGCGAUAUGGGCGACAAGCGCAUUCAGUUCAACAACCACAUGGCCGACUUUGAGACGGCGUUGCUGGACCUUGAGCAGGGUGGUGGUAUCCCCGACCGUACCCAGUUCAAGCACGUCAUCUUUGGGCCCCAAGCCUGGUCCGGCAACAAGCCCGUCACCUUUGCCGCCAUUCGCGACGCCGUCGAGGCCGGCAACUGGGAGCUCGCGAACAAGCUCGUUGAGAAGACGGCGCGCAUCAUCCAGAACGCGACAAGUUCGCUGUCCGAAUGGGAGAAGGCUGCAGAGAGCAGCUGAUCGCACCAUUACUCCCAUUUCUACGUUGUGACUUUUUUCUUUCCUGUGUUUCGAUACGACGUUGGGGCGUGUGUGUUGUACCGCAUUUUUUGAAUGCAAUUGGAAGAAGACACAUGUACGAAGGGGGCUCACUUGCUCUCAUUUCCUUUUUGUUCAACUCGUUUACAAAAACUCCGUUUGGGAGAUCUUCUGGGGUUUGAUAGCUAUCUGCGCUCCGUCGUGGAAAGCCUACUGCCAAUCCUCUCUGUUCCUUAUUUUUUCUGGCAUUGCAAGGAGUUUAGGGGGGGUUCUGCC